AUGACCGUCCAGGCGAGGAGGCAUUCCACAGCCUACAGAGCACACGAUAGACAUGACGGUGAUGUUGAGAAGCAACCGUAUAAGAGCCGCUCCCAUGGCCACCGCUACAGUUACAGCGAUGAUUCCGACAGCGGCCCCGACACCUUUGUCUCCUCGUCCUACCCGCCCGCGCGCGGCGCGAGUCUACGCAAUGCCCACGGAGGCUUGGGCUUCCGUGUCCCCCAGCGAAUCAUUCGAUGGCUCUGCUUGGGCCUAUUUCUGUUCCUUAUCAUCUUCAUUUUCACCCUCUUUCGAUUCACCCUCAGCUCCGUGACCCAAGUGUCCCUUCCGCGAGUCGUCCACAAGCCGCCCACCUGGGAGAGCUUCGAUUUCCUGAAACGCUACCAUGGUGGCCUGACGAACCUCGUGCCGCGCCAGCAGAAUAUCCCCGAAUACCCGGGUGAGGGUGAGCUUCCGGUGGAUUUGUCGGGUCGGUCGGAGGAGACCGCUGCCAACGUCUCUGCGGACGACGCCAACCGAGUGACGAAACGGGACAAGAAAUCGCCGUCCAUGACGAGUAAUGUGUUCAAUCCGUAUCCCGAUUAUAAGUCAACCGAGUAUAUCCAGAAAUAUGGCGAGAAGCGCGAGUGUUUUUUGGACAAGGCCAACACCGUCCGGAUCCCGUCUCUCCAGCAUUACCCUGGAGUCCCGAAAGGCUUCCCGGACCCUAUUAUGGGCUCGAACAGCAUGAUAGGAAUCAAGGAUGACGUGUGCUUUGACCGAUUUGGUCGCUUGGGGCCGUACGGCCUGGGGUACCCGGUCAGGAAAGGCGGAAUUGGCGCUGGGCUGGAGGGCCAUCGUGAUGGUGCGGAGCGCGUUUGGGAAGAUGUUCCUCCAGUGGACUAUCGCGAGGUCGAUUGGGCUGCCGCGCAGCACCGGUGUAUUGCGGCUAACCGCCAUCGUUUCGCCGAAGAGCCGGAGCCGCGUAUUAACCGGUUUGUUGCCAUGCCGAUGGGUGCCCCCAAGGUGAGCAUCUCGCCACCUGACACCGAUAAUCGCCAGGCACCGCCCAAGACGGGGACCAACCGUCUGCGGCGAAGUGCGGUUGUCAUCCGGACGUGGCACGACUUCCACUACACCCCGGAAGAUAUCCUGUACUUGCGCUCGGUGAUCUCGGAGCUGUCGCUGAUGUCUGGCGGCGAGUACACUGUCCACUUCCUCGUCCAUGUCAAAGACACCAACUUGCCGAUUUGGUCGGACGACGAGACGUAUCAGCGCGUGCUCAAUGACGCGCUGCCGGCGGAGUUCCGUGGCAUGGCAACCCUAUGGUCGGAGAAGCAGAUUGCUCUGAUGUACCCCGAUCUGGAGGAAAAUGGGUCGCGUGGGUUGCCGAUCCACGGGGUCUACCGCAGCACGUACAUGUGCAUGCAGUACUUUGCCUACCAGCAUCCGGAGUACGACUACUUUUGGAACUGGGAGAUGGAUGCCCGCUACACGGGUCAUUGGUACCAUCUCUUCGACAAGCUCGCCGGGUGGGCGAAGCAACAGCCGCGAAAGGGUCUGUGGGAGCGCAAUGCCCGAUUUUACGUGCCUUCUGAGCACGGAUCGUGGGAGGACUUCCGGCAGACGGUCCGCGUGCAGACACAGGCCGGCACCAACAGCCCCAACAACCUCUGGAGUAUAGCGAAGCCCGCCAAGGACGGGUCUAACAAAGCGCACGCUGGCCUGCUCCAGCAGGGCGACAAGUCCAUCUGGGGACCGGAACGGCCCGACGCCAGCGACAUCUUGGAAGUCGAAGGCGAGGGUAUCCCGCCAUCGACAGUCGACAAGGACCAGUACGAGUGGGGCGUGGGCGAGGACGCCGAUCUGAUCGUUCUCAACCCGUUAUAUGACCCGGAGGGCACAACGUGGAUCCUCCGCGACGACGUGACCGGCUACAACCGCAAGCACGGCAUGCCACCCCGCCGCACGGCCAUCAUUACAGCGUCGCGACUAUCGCGCAAGCUCUUGACAACCAUGCACCGCGAAACCAGCCUCAAGCACCACAGCAUGUUCUCGGAGAUGUGGCCCGCCACUACGGCGCUGCACCACGGCUUCAAGGCCGUGUAUGUGCCACACGCGGUGUACGUCGACCGCCGCUGGCCCACCAAGUACCUGGAGUCGGUGUUCAACGCCGGCCGCAACGGGGCUUCGGGCGGCGCGCGCACGGCCAUUUUCGGUGACCGCGAGCACAACUUCCGUGGCACGACCUGGUUCUAUUCUGCUGGGUUCUCGCCCAACCUCUGGCGCCGCUGGCUCGGGUACCGUGUCGAUAAUGACGGCGGCGAGCAGCACGAGCUGGCGAACGAGGGCCGCAUGUGUCUGCCCCCGAUGCUCCUGCAUCCGGUCAAGGAUGUGGAAAUGAUCAUUGAUGACGGGGAGCAUGCCGAAGAUCGGUGA